AUGAGUACAUAUACAUGGUAACAAGUUGCCUAAAAUCAAAAAAAUGGAUGGCUUGUUAUAGAUGGAAUAGUUUAUGACCCUACUUUGUAUCUUAAUUAACAUCCUGGUGGUCCUGCAGUUUUAUAAAAUCGCUUUGGUAAAGAUGCCACAAGAGAUUUUAAUGAAACAGGUUAAAAAUAAUAUUAAAAUUGUAGGUCAUACAUCAGGAGCACGCUAAAUACUAGAAAAAUACAAAAUUGGUAUAGUUGAUAAAGGAUCAACAUAAGAAUCAUGGUAAGUUGGAGGAGGUACAACAGCUAAUGCUUAAUUAUUUGCAUUUUUAAUUGUAGCGAUUGUCAUAGUUUUUAUAUUAUUGAAUGUAUUUGCAAAAUGA